ACAUAAACCCGGCUCCUGCAGGAUGAGGGUUAAUAGACAUGGUAGCAUUUAUAUCUUUCUUCUUCUCCAAACACGUCCCAUUCCCAACCCUGAUCCCAGGCUUAAAAAUUUCACAACUGACAUGUUUCAUGACCUCACUAAAGUGAGACUUUAAAAAAUCUUCAAAAUUGCGAUGGUUCUCUUCUUUUUACAUGAUAAUGGAGGAGCAUCCAUUUCCUGGUGCCAAGAUAGCUGACUCAAGCUUUUUAGAUGCCUCUUCAGAGAGGAGCCAGUGCUCUAAGUGUCUUAAGUCUCGGAAGUAUUACUGUUACAACUGCUUCAUUGCUCUCCCAAAUAUUGCAUCACGACUCCCUCAUGUCAAGCUUCCAAUCCAUGUGGACAUUAUCAAGCAUCCCAGUGAAAUUGAUGGGAAAAGCACCUCUCCUCAUGCUGCUGUCCUGGCUCCUGAUGAAGUAACCAUCCAUACCUACCCAUGUAUUCCUCAUUAUGAUUCAGACAAGGUUCUCCUGAUAUUUCCGUGUGCAGAGUCACUCACUCUGGCACAGAUUGCAAGCACAGCAAAGGAAAAGAGUAAUCGUGUGAAAUCAGCUCAGGAGUGUUCUGACAGAAGUGCAGUAGACACAGACAAAACCCAGUGUUCCGAAGUUGUUAGCUCUGACAGUGUGACUGUACCCCAUGAGAGUACAAAUAAACAACAAUGUUUUGGUGAUCAGAAUGAAAAUCUCAGUGUAUCAAAUUCUUUCUCUGGAGAAGAUACUGGAAAAACACUGAAGGUUUCUGACCCAGGAAUAAAGUUUUCUUCUAAAAGACCUUGUGAUAAAGUGGAUGCGGCUUCUGGGGCAGACGAUGAUGAUGAUGAUGAUGAUGAUGGGCCAUCGCCAUCAAAGAGGUUGAAGGAGACACCUUCUUUGCCUUUCAACAGAGUAGUUUUCAUCGAUUCCACAUGGAACCAGACAAGGAACAUUGUGCAUGAUGAAAGGCUGAAAAUUUCCCUUGCCACAGGUUUACCGAAGGUGGAAUUGCACUCUCGAAACACUCACUUUUGGAGAUGGCAGGAAGGAACACCCAAGACUUAUUUGUCGACAAUAGAGGCCAUUUAUUAUUUCAUGAGAGAUGUUCAUGAAAUGUUUAUCAGUAAGGAAUACAACAAUGAAUAUGAUAAUUUACUUUUUUUCUUUUGUCAUUUGUACAGCAAAAUUCGUAAAACUUCUAAAGGCGGGAAAGGAAUAAAAGCUUAUGAAAGAAAUGGAACUAAAUGAUUCUUUCAUGCUGUCCUGGACCCAAGAUUUUAUUUUUGUCUUUGUGUCUUGUUUACUCAAAUGAUUAAUUAUCUGGCCCCCCAGGAAAUCGCGGUCUUGUGGCCGCGUUUUUCGUUGAGUUCCGAAAUAAACCCGCAAUUUCUUGCAAUUUUAGGCAAAAAUACAUCAACGCUUUAAUUUUAACAGAAUUUUUAAUACGAAAUGGUGCGAGUAAAGAACCGAUAGGCCUACGUAUGGUAUGGCGUACUCUAAAAGCUAUAACGGGAACUUCAGGCCGGAAUUAAUUAUACAACACAAACUGAGACCAAAGAUACUACAUCUAUAGAUCUAAUGUGUGUAAGCGUGUGCGUGUGUGUGGUGUGCAUGUGUGUGCUCGUGUAAGGUGUUCGUGUGUGUGUGUGUCUGUGUGUGUGUGCGUGUGCGCGCGGCCGCGCGUGCGUGUGAAUAUUGUACGUAAUCGUACAUGAUGCUUGUGUCUACAUACACGACGGUAAUCGGGCACCUAGUCUCAGUAUCUACGUACACGGUAACCGGAAUGAAAAUAAAUCAAUAUUUGUCCUGUGCUGUCACUUGUUGUAAAAAAAAGAAA